UCAUCUGCAUGCAGUUCACUUCACACACAACACGGCUUAGCUUGCUCAGCUUCACUGAUCUUCUUAGCUAUAGCUACUUCACUGUGCGUGCUAGCUAGCUAGCUGCUUUGCAUAGGUUGAUCGAACUAAUUAACUCACCAAAUUAGCUAUAAUGGCCAAGCUGAUCCUCGCCACCUUCGCCGUCGUGUUCCUGGCGCUCGCCGCCACCUCCCUCGCAGGCGACCCCGACAUGCUCCAGGACGUCUGCGUCGCCGAUUACAAGUCCCUCCGAGGCCCGCUGCGGCUGAACGGGAUCCCGUGCAAGAGGCUGGAGAACGUGACGGCGAACGACUUCUUCUUCGACGGGCUGACGAACGCCGGGAACACGACGAACGCGGUGGGGUCGCUGGUGACGGCGGCGAGCGUGGAGAGGCUGCCGGGGCUGAACACGAUGGGGGUGUCCAUGGCGCGGAUCGACUACGCGCCGUGGGGGCUCAGCCCGCCGCACACCCACCCGCGCGCCACCGAGAUCAUGUUCGUCGCCGAGGGCACCCUCGACGUCGGCUUCGUCACCACCGCCAACAAGCUCUUCACCCGCACCGUCAGCAAGGGGGAGGUGUUCGUCUUCCCGCGCGGCCUCGUCCACUUCCAGAGGAACAGCGGCAACACGUCGGCGCUCGCCAUCGCCGCCUUCAACAGCCAGCUCCCCGGGACGCAGUCCAUCGCCGACACGCUCUUCGGCGCCGCGCCGCCGCUGCCGUCGGACACGCUGGCCAGGGCGUUCCAGGUCGACGGCGGCAUGGUCGAGUCCAUCAAGUCCAAGUUCCCGCCCAAAUACUAGAUUGCAUGCAUACUGCAGGAACAAGAUGGCAGCUGAGCUAAGCCCUACCGCGAUAAUAAUUAAGAGGGCGUACCGUUAAGAAGUUUGUGAUUUGAUUGACAGGAUUUGUGUCAGUGUGUGUUUGUGUUUGUGAGUCGUUUGAUUUGGUUUGGUUUGUAAUUUUUAUUUUUAUUAGAAAAAUGCUUGUACGUUGCAACAGGUAAAUGCUAUUUUAAUUUUGUUAUUGUUGUAUGGUUUAGCUAGAGUAAAAUUCGCUGUGCGAAUUCGUUUGGAUUUUUUUAGAAAAUUAUGAGUUGUAAUUAGGACUAUGUACAUGCGAGUUUUU